CAAAUAAAGUACCAGUCCUCGUGAGAAUACCAGUUACAAUGGUGCAGAUCAAAUUCCUGUUCGCCUUCCUGGCUGUGAUGACAAUUGUUGUCCUGGCUGCCAACACGGCUUCAGCCAGUGAUUGUCUUUCUGGGAAAUUCAGUGGUCCCUGCUUCGCCUGGGAUGGAGAACUGUGCAGGCGACUCUGCAAGGAGGAAGGACGAGUCAGCGGACACUGCAGUGCCAGCAUGAAGUGCUGGUGCGAAGGAUGUUGAAUCAAAUUCUUUUUAACAGUGUACAAGCUUAUAAACAUUAUAAGCUAAAUCUGUAUUGUACAUUUUUCAUAUAAAUAUUAAU